UCGGAGUGUCGGACGUCGUCGCCUCGUCCGGUGUGCGGCGGUGCAAUAUAGCAAUAAAUUCUAUUAUUUUAGUCAUAGCCCAAAGGUAUUACCACAGAACCGACAAAGUGCAUUGAAAAGUUGCCCAACACGAUAUACGCAGAGCUUGACGUACGCCGAUCGAUCAACUAUGGACAAAAAAAGAAAAGGCUAUAGAAGAGGCGACACGAUUCUAAUCGAUAAACCGUUCGUUCACGCUCUUAAGUCUUCGUUCAAAAACGAAAAAUGCGAUCAUUGCUAUUCCGAGGAUAACCUGUCAAGAUGUUCGGGGUGUCAAUACAUCCUUUACUGUAACCGCACAUGCCAGAAGCUUUCCUGGACUGAGCAUAAGCGAGAAUGUGCUAGAAUGAAAAAAAUUUAUCCUAAAAUACUGCCAGAUGCAGCACGGAUUAUGUCAAAAAUACUAAUUAAGCUUAAGAAUGGAGGAAGUACAGAAAAAGGUUAUUACACAUCUAAUCGUUCUAGAACAUUCAAGGAUCUCAUGUCACAUUAUCCUGAUUUAAAGGAUGACACCCAUCGAUUAGAACAUUUCUCUACGCUAUGUGAAGUGCUAAAAGAAUACAUGGGAGAAGUAAAUCUUCCUAAUGCUGUUGAAUUACUUGGAAUUUAUGGUCGGAUGUGCAUUAAUGCAUUUAAUAUAUUGGAUGAUAAUUUGAACACUAUCGGAACCGGAAUAUACUUAGCAGCUUCAGUAAUAAAUCAUUCAUGUGUACCUAAUGCAACUGCAACAUUUGAUGGUAGUACUUUGAGAAUUGGUGCUAUAAUGGAUAUUGAAUAUUCUGAUCCAGAAUUGCAUGUAUUUAUAUCAUAUUUGGAACUCAUGCAAACUACAUCAGAAAGAAGAAGUGAAUUACAAAACAACUAUUAUUUUUUAUGUCAAUGUUUACGUUGUGUAACAAAUUAUGAGCAAAAUUUUGUGAACUCAAUGCUUUGUGGAAAUUCUGACUGUCAGGCUGCAAUUCCUAUGAAAAACAAACAAGAAGAGGUUUUGGAUUCAAUUAGCUGUUCAAAAUGUUUGGAAAAAAUCAGUGAAGAUAAAAUUAAAACCUUUUAUGAUGUGACUGAUUUUACAGAGUUUCAAUUAAGUAGAAUGAAAGAUAUUGGUUAUCUUGAUGUUUGUAAAAUGUGUUUAGAGAAACAAAAUGGAAUUUUUCAUCCAAACAACAUUAAUCAUGUUAAAAUAUUGGAUCUAGCUUUUGAAAGUGCCAUAAAAAUGGAACAAUGGAAAGAGAGUUUGAAGUAUGGAAUUCUUUUGAUCGAUGGAUAUAGGGUAUAUUAUAAUGACUGGCAUCCUUCUUUGGGAGUUUUGUACAUGAAGUUAUUUAAAUUAUGUUCCAUUGUUGAAAAUUCUGAAUCAGCUGUACAGUACUUGAAAAAAGGAAUGUCCAUCUUAAAAGUCACACAUGGGGAAGAUCAUAAACUAUACAAAAAUGAAGUUCUUCCAUACUAUAAAGAAUUAAUCCAGUAUUUUUAAACAUUAAAUAAUAAAAUCCAUUUUCGAUACUUGAUGUAUUGAUAGCUUAUAGUGAUAUUUAAAUAUUUUAUGUGUAUUGUGUAUUACUUGUGUUCACAAUUGUAGCCUAUAGGUAUACCACUGUGCUUGUGUAUGCCUAUAAUGUUAACUUUCCAUUUUGUGUAUUAUCAUUAUUGUUAUCAUUAUUAUUACUUACUAUGUAACCAAAAUAUACUCAUACCGUGUUUCUAGUCAUAA